AACAACUUCGUUCCCACGAGAUGGUGCCUUCGAAAAGCAUAUGGCUUCCCGUGCUCCCUUGGCCUUUCUUGGGUCGCCCUUUCUUGGCCUCUGCUGCGGCUCUCGAGAUCGCCAAGACAAACAGUUACGUUACGUCGACGCUAGUGACCAGCCGCAUUGCGCUGUUGCUGUGCUGGACGUCAUCUGGUUGUUGAUGAAUGCGGAUGCAGAAAACAUCGAAAGUGUCUUUUGGUUAAAAUCCGUACUGUGGGCAAUCGCUUGUUGGCUGACUAGAACUCACAAGCAACACCACCUCGUCACUCACUGUCAUUCAUCCGCUCUACACUAGACUCUGUUUUCUCUUCUUUUCUUCCUUUUGCCCACAGUGGAGAACAUAUCUAAGACACGCCGAUGAACUAUUGACCAUGAUUUAUAAGCCCGAGAGCCUCUCAUUUUGGAAUGCUUUCUCUGAUUCAAAGCUGGACUAUCCUAAUGCGGAAGGAGGAAGCAAGGGCUUGCAAGUUGCGCCAAGCACCGUACAGUUCCG